AUGUCAUUCAAAAAGAAUAAAAUUGGUGUAGCCAUCUACCAAUUUUGGGACACAAAGAUUCAUUUUCUUGAACUUCAUUAUCUUUAUAUCCUCAUCCUCAUAUUUAUCACUUCCGGCCUCUAUUAUUGUCAACCAGGCACAGAUUGGAAUUAUGUCGAUGCAUUAUUCAUGGCUACAACUGGAUCAACAAAUACCGGACUGAAUACGAUACCAAUGUCACAGAUGUCUACCUACCAUAUGAUUAUUUUAUACUUUAGUACGUUCUUAGGUAACCAUGUAUUGAUUUCCUUUUUCGUCGUCAUGGUAAGGCGAUACUAUUUUUCAAAACGUUUUGAAGAUGUCCUACUGGAGAAUCAACGAAGAAAAGAAGAAUACAAGAAAUUGAAGAAACAGCGACAAGAACAAGAACAACAAGAGAAAACAAUGUUUGACCCGAUCCGUAGACGAAUGUCACUUCUCUCCAUUCGAUCGACUCCAGUCCAAACCUCGAAAAGAUUUUCGGUUUUCAAAAAAGACAGCCGUCGUCGUUCAUUUGAUACACAGUCCGAUAAAGUCGUUGAUUCACCACAAGAAUUUAGCGCCAUUCAGAUGGGAAGACUCGAUGAAGAAAAUAAUGAGCCGGUGAGCCGAAGAAGCAGCGGAGUGUCACCACUUGAUCAUGAUACCGCAAGUGAGCACAAUGCAAGUAGCAGUCAUACAACCAGUGAAAACAACACGGACAGUACAGCCACUGAUAUGAAUAAUAAUAGCAAUAUAAGCAACAAAAACAGUAGCAGUAUACCUCACAAUCAACAGAUCACUUUUAGUGAAGACACAAACAUCCUUCGAGAACGAGAACGAAGAAAGUUCCAGCAGCAGAGCCACCGUGAAGACGACCUUGCUCCUCUUCACCGGACCAAUUCAGAGUUUGAAAUUAUGAGCCGUCCCGUCGCCAAAUCGGAAUUGACUCGACGAGAACGAUACCGUAUAGGCGGCACAGAAUACCGUGCGCUUGACAUGCUUGCGCGCAUUGUUCCUCUUUACUACUUGGGGUUCGUCAUCAGCUUUGGAUUCUUCUUUCGUAUCUAUGUUGCUGCUUCCUCCUAUGCACAAGAGGUCCUUGAAACAUCCAAUCCAACUGGCCCGGUCAACGCUUGGUUUUUCUCUUUCUUCAUGAGUCUCUCAUCAUUCACCAACCUCGGCCUUAACCAUCUUGAUGCCAGUAUGACUCCGUUUCAGAACGCGCCCUGUCCUCUGAUAUUGAGUAUCAUCCUCAUCCUGGUCGGAAACACAGCGUAUGCCAUCAUGCUUCGUUUUAUCAUUUGGGUCUUUUAUCAAUUGACGCCAAGAUCCAAAGUAAUGCUUCGAGAAACAUUUAAAUACUUACUAGACCAUCCUCGUCGAUGCUAUACCACAUUGUUCCCGUCAACCCAGACUUGGUGGCUUUUCAUCAUCCUUGUCAUUAUUACCGUGAUCGAGUUGAUUUGCUUUUUGGCCUUGAAUUAUUGGUUACCUGUUCUUUCUGGCAUCACCUGGGGAUCAAGGUUUUUGGAUGGUCUAUUUCAAUCUGUCGCCACUCGAAACGCCGGAUUCUCUGUGGUCAAUCUUGCCGAUAUCAAUCCUGGUACACAAAUAGUUUACAUUGUAGCCAUGUAUAUCAGUGUUUAUCCUGUGGCUAUCUCUAUGCGAAACAGUAACGUCUAUCAGGAAAGGGCACUGGGUAUCUUUAGAGGGGAGAACGAAGAACCGCAACAAUUUUCUGAAAACGAGCUAUCGGAAGCGCCUUUUAUUCGACUGAAACGACACUCGACGAUUACAAGUAUAGCAAACCAUUCAAAAAAGCUGUUGAAGGGACCUGAUUUUUUUGUAAUCACACAGAUUCAACGACAAUUGACAAGCGAUAUCUGUUGGGUCAUCACGGGUAUCUUUCUUAUCUGUGUCAUCGAAGCUCAGUCGAUCAUGUCGCCUUCUCCCGUGACCACUGCGACUGUAAUUUAUGAAUGUGUGUCAGCGUUUGGUAACGUAGGCGCGUCUACUGGAUAUCCAAACACAUCAACCUCGCAAGCUGGUCAGUACAGGACAUUAAGCAAAUUGGUACUUAUCGCAUUAAUGUACCGAGGUCGACACAGAGGUUUGCCUGCAUCCAUUGAUCGAUCUAUCUUAUUACCUUCUGAUACACUCGCGCAAAAGGAAAAAGAGGAUGAAUUACGUAGAAGAGCCACGUCAUUUUCGACAUAUUGUGAAACUGGAUCAUCUGCUUACCCCAAUGCAAGGGAGAACAGUAUCCAAGGACAACUGAUAUACACCCGUUCGUGUACGCUAUAA